AUGAAUUGGAAGAAGGUGAUCAUGAUCAACCAGUGGCCAAAGGAGGUGCUGGAACGAAGAUCAUUUCUAAGACUUGUGAAUUAUUACUAUAAAUUCAUUCGAAGCUUAUCACAUAUUGUUGUACUACUUACCAAAGUUCUGAAGAAGGAUCAAAAGUGGACGUAG